AUGGCGGACAGUUCGUACAGGCUGGAGGAUGAAGCCUUCCCCAGUUUCCUCAGCAGGUCUCUGGACAGCACCAUCGGUCGGGCCACCCUGGGGAAUGUGACCCUGGGCUCAGGUCCGGGUCUGCCUGUGGCUGCUUCCACUGUGGCCAAGAUUAGACCCGGCUCUGACAACAGAGAUCUUGCUGAGGCUUCUUAUCUCGAAGGCAGAGAUCUGCAGCAAACCGACUCUCAGUCAUCUGUUGGAGACCAGCCCAGGUUUUCCCUCAGCUUCAAAGAUGAGUUGGACAAUGCAGAUGACUUCAUUGCAGCCCACCGCCUGUCAGACAUGCUUGUGAAGAUCAGUCUGGAUGAGAGUGCACCCAGGAACCAAGGCUCAGUGUGUCCCAUGCAGACAGGUUCAGUGUACAACCCUCCCUCAGAACUUGGACCAGAUUUGUCCACAGGACUUUUGAAGUUUUCCAAGUUUGAACAGAAGAGCAGUACAGAUACAAAGGCAGUACCUGCUGCAGCUGAGGCUCAUGAUGUGCAGAGUGAUAGUGACCAUUUCAGUGACAGCAACUCAAGUUUCCUGGCCAACGAGAAGCUCAUGUCUGUGGACAGCAUGAGCAGUGAUAUCACAGAUGAUGACAUUGAUUUGGUCAACCUGCCUGAAGAUGAACUGGAGUUGUACUUCAAUAAACUGGUCCCUCCUGCAAUGCAGAGAGGCAGAGUGGAAGGGCAGGAGAUCCCAGUUAGGGGAGUGGGCGAAGCUACUGAUGAAGUAUUGGAUGCAAGUUCUAAAGAGGUGGAGCAGCAUAGGCACCACUUCUUUGAUCACUAUGAUCAGGAGGACUUCCAGAUGCCUGAUGUGCGCCUUGCAGCUACAGGAAUGGACUCCUGUCCAGCUAGUGAUGAGGACACUGAGGAUGAGCUGGAGUCAGCGAGAAGGAAUCUUAGCAGAACGCGACUGCUACCAAGCACAUCCAGACAGCUGGUUGGAGAAAGUAACCACCCAAGUUUCAGGCCAGGAUUAGAAGGUGGCAGUUCAGAUGAUGAAGCGUCUGCUCCUCGUGGUCGUGUGUCUCUGCUGCCUGGCAUUGAACAGAGGAGAUCUGCUGAAGGACAAGUCAUCAACUCUCCUGUUACAGGAGAUGGAGGAGGUGGAGAUGGGAGCAGUGGGAGUGAGGAAAGUGGAAAUGACGGUGGAGUUUCAACCAUACCUCUUGCAGCUAACAAUGUAAAGACCACCUUUGAUGCUCUGCGUGGUCUGGGAAUUGUUGGAAGUAGUCUCAUCGAUGAAGACGAGAACACUGAUCUGAAUAUUCUUCCAGAACAUGGAAGGAACGGUGUUCCCAGACACAUAGAGAUGGGUGACCGUGUGGGUCCUGUGGGAACAGGUGAGGCCAGCUCUUCUGUUGGGGUGUCCGGAGGUUUUCAGAGACUUUCUGUCAACUGGAGCACAACGCUGGACCGACAAGAAGCCUUGGAUGCCAUGGAAAACCCAAACUCAGGGCCUGCAGCUGACCGUAUGUUGGACUCUGUCUACCUAAGGAGACCUCAGGAUUCAGUUUCUCACCUUCAAGGCACACAAGGGAGCUUCCACCUCUCCCAGGUGCUGUUUCCUAACAGUGGUAAAGAAGAUGAUGAUGAUGAGGGAGUGGAUGAGCUCGACGGAGCCAGGCCCUCGUUAGGUUUGAGGGCAGGGCUUUGUUGUGACGCGGCUUCAGAUUGUUCAAGUGAGGACAACAAUCCUCUCUCCACUUCCCUGGAACCCAAAUAUUUCUCCCAGAGCUUCCAAGAGCAGGAGGACUCAGACGAAGGCUGGAGUCACUGUCCAGACAAUCUGGAGUUUCAACAAGGAGCCAGUGCUGCUCAUGGUGUCGUUUACCAGAAUGAAGAAGGGCAGUGGGUCACAGACCUGGCUUAUUACUCCAGCUUUCAGAAAGAGAUUGAUGGGAAAACUGGAGAGUAUGAUGAAAAACUUCAAAAUGAGGACUUUGUACCUGCCAGUGAUGCUAUGGAAAAACUAGUGAAGGAUCAAGAAGAGUUUGAAAAAGAGCACCAGUUUAUGCAGGAAGAAAAAAUUGAACCAGUCUGUGGAAACGACACCUUUCCCAGUGACUCAUCCUGGAAGAUCUCCUCCAACAGCCACAUCCUGAUGAGGGCUUCCCAGUUGUCCUCGGAUUUUAGGCAAGGAGAUGAAAGUUACCUGCGGUUGUCUUUAGGACGUUUUUUUGGGCACCGCUCUGAAGCCUUGGGUUGUUUGGGAAGCACUGAUGAGAGCGAGGUCAAACGGCCAUCCUUCGGGUACGACAUUGCCUCUCCAGAGAAGAGGGAACCAUUCCCCCUCAUUAACCUCUCGGAGUUCUCCCCUGGAGAAAGUUCUCCAAACAAUCCCACAGUGGACAAAACACUCAGCCCAGAGGACUUGGACAAAACUGUUAAUGCACCAGGUGAAAGGAUGCCACCAAAAGGGGUUACUGCUCCAGAACUGUCUGAAUCCCAGGAGCAUACUGUCAGAGCUGCUCUGUCUGAACACAGUCAGGCCUCAACAUCUGAGUCGAGUCUGGGUACCCCAAAUGGUUUGUCCCCCGAGAGCAACAGCAGCCAGCUGAUGCUAAGUAUUAGCACAAUUGCUUCAGCCAUUGCAAAUGCAUCCGUCAGCACUGACCCAUCGCAGCUGGCUGCCAUGAUUGUGGAUCUGUCCAAGAAGAGUAGGACAAGGAACUAUCCAGAGUCUACUGGAUGCAGCACAAAGGAAGUCUCUGCAGCUGCACAUAUCCUGCCUCAGCUGCAUCAGAGUGCACUCACAGAGACUCUUCAGAGAAGCAUCUGUGCUGGAGACGUUGGUGCCUUUAACAUGGAGAAAUACCUGAAGAAGAACAAGCGGUCUGGUUCCAGUGAGUCCUCUGACGGACACGUGACUUUUGACUGGAGUGGUUGGGCUGACAGCCUGAGCCGCUCACAGAGGAACUGUCAGGCAGAACAUUCAGCCAAACAGGACCGUGAGCAUCAAGAGGUUUCUUCAAGGUCAAAGGCUGAGGAGAAAGACAAGAAAGGGGACGUGUCACUUGCAAGCUCUUCUGCAGUUCCACUUUCUGAUGAACGGUUGGCAGCAAAGAGCAGCAGCUCUAAGAAAAGCUCCAUUCCUCGUCCUCAACCAUCUCUCAGGUCUUCUAAAAAGCCUGUGGAUUUGGGACAGUCUUCCCCUGUCAGAGCUUCUCCAGACAAACGGACGGCUUGUGACAACGCUGCUGCUUUAACCAGAACUAGUAGGUUUUCAGGUAAAACCAUUUUACAAAGUGAUGUCAAGCUGGGAGACAUGGACCUCACAACAACAAAUAUUAGUUCUUCUGAUCACAACCAUGAAAGCUUAUCCAGGACCUCCCCACAUGGGAGUCAACAGCAGUCAGGUCCUCUUGGCCUCAAAGCUGCUUCUCCUUCAAGCCAGAGGCUGAGGAGCGUAGGUCAGGAGCUCCAAGACAGACCUGGGGACUUUCCACAGGAGAAAGCAUCAGGGAAUAUAAAUGUUCCGUUUUCUCUCAAAUCUGUUGAGAAACCAGCUGGCUCCACUUGCCAAAAUCAUCAACCUCCACAAAGUCCCCCUUCUAGAUUGAUGAAUAGUGUUCCAGAGCCAUGUGUGGAAGAGACCACUUGCAGCUUUAGACCAUCUACAUCUCCUCUUACUCACUCCUCUCCAAGUCAGACUUCCAUUCCUAGUGCUGACAGCAUGCAGUCACCUUCUUCAUCCAGCAGAGGUCUUGCUGACAGACGUCCAGGUCCAGAUCGUUCUCCUGAGUCUGCCUGUUCCAGCCCCAGUCUUAGCAGGCUCACUUACAUUUCAGUGAAUGAGGGCACAGUUGUGCCUACCCCUGAACGGAAGCAGAACGACUCCACUAUGGCCUUGAGCACUACCAUCAUCAGAUUCAGUCCAACUCCUCCUGUAGAAGCAGAAGCACAGCCAAACCUGGACAGUAAUGGUGCGCCCAAAAGCCUUGAUAAUGUGCCGCCUCAGCAUUCUAGAAGUCUGGACCCCCUACCAGCAGAGCAGCGUAGAAGCCCAGAACCCUCCCGCAGCGGGUCUGCUCUGAGCUGCACUCGCAGCCAGAGUGAAUGUAACCACAGAUGUCCCGGUGACGUUUCUGCAGGCUGCAGGAACCACAAGCAUGUCUCCGAGUCUGACAUAAGGAAGUUCCAUAAAGUGGACUCGGGGUACAGCAGCAACCUGUACAUCCAACAAACGAACUGUGCCGCUCCUCAGGGCUCCCAGCAGUGGGGCCUCAGCCUGCCUCCUCCCUACUCAGCCCAGGGACUUCAUUAUGCCCCCAUCCCCAGCUUUAGGCCUCCGUGUCCGGGCAUGAUGGAUCUUCCUCACAAAGGAGAUAUUCAGUCUCUCCUUACUAGACGCUCCCAGUUACCUCUUCAGUAUUUAGGACCUGAAGCUGCAUUGCACCCAUUUCAUGUGGGCCCUGCAGGGAACACUCUUUACAGCGCGUCUUCUACAGGGCUCCCGAACAGUGGUCUCGAUGUGAGACACAUUCACCCGACAGCAGGGCCCUUGGGCGGUUCUGACGCUGCUGGGCCUCCUCACCUCCACAUACCACAUCAGAGUCAACAUGAAAUGGGAAUGAUGGGGAAAGCAUACAGUCAUUAUGGAGGAGAACCUCUGCUGACGAGCGGCCUCGAUGAACUGAAUGCCUGUAUGCGAGGUCAGGUAGUGGUGCCUGAGGAGCUCCGCUUCCCUCAUGCCUGCUGUGUGGGCAUUGCCUCGCAGACCUCCCUCAGCCUCUUCAACCCGUCUGAGAGAUGGCAGCAAGUUUCCAUCACCGUCACCGGCCUGGCCAUUGACGGAGAGAAGAUGGACAGCUUGCCUUACCAGUGCUUGAUGGUGAAAAACAAAACCAUUAUUGGUCCCAAGAGUACAGAGGAGCAGAAAGUGUUGUUCGUCCCGCCACAGCCUGGCGUCUAUCAGUGUGUUCUCAAUGUUUGCUCCUGGCCAGCUUCUGCUGAACCCGAGUUGGCUGCCAGAGCAAAUCUCUUUGCCAAAAGAGUGGUGCUUAUUGCUGUUGCAGAGAAUCCUGCCUUAGAGAUCGAAGUGAACAAAUCUGGCUGUUUGGAUUUUGGAGAGUUGCCAGGAGGCAGUGCUAAAUCUCUUCCUCUGAGAGUGCUGAACAGAACCCACGCCACAGUACCCAUCCGACUGGUCAUCAGUGCUAAUGCCGCAGCAUGGCGAUGCUUCACCUUUUCCAAACAUCCUGUUACCACGAUGUGUGCGGCGGCACAGCAGGCUGGACACGCCCCCCUCGUGGCCCCUCCCUCCGUCAUCAAUCAUGUGAUGCAUGCCAGCUACAGAGAGGAUCCUGAGAGCUUCAUGGUCUGGGUUCAUUUUAAGGCUCCUCAGAAGUACAUGGUCUCUUCAGGGGAGCUUGGUCCAGCUGAUGAGUACAGUGCUCGGGUGGACAUCGAAGUGGACUCUCCUGGUCCAAGUCGUGUUAUCAGGAGUGUUCUCCUCCAAGCCAGAUCUGGAACUGCGAGGGUCCAUGCUCCUAAAGAUCUGCAGACUGUUCAUCUUUGUGGCCCGGUGGGUAAAUGCAGUAAACAGACGGUGCCACUAAAGAACGCAGGGAACAUCGAUGUUCAGCUGAAACUCAAGAUCAGUGAAAGCGGUGAUGAUUUUACGGUGACGCCCGGUGAACUGUCCCUGCGUGUCGGAGAAGAGCGCGACAUCACCGUGUCUUUCAAAGCACAAAGCAACAAGGAAUGUAAAGAAAGCCUUCUCACCGUGCUGGUGCUGCCGUCUGGCCCUCAGUAUGAGAUGAUGCUGAAAGGAGAAGUUCUUCCUUCUGACUCUGGAAAACCUGCUCCUGCUCUGACCAGUGACGUCCCACCAAUCCUGUCUAAUAAGCAAUUUGUGGCCUGGGGCGGGGUCACCCUUGGACGAGCUGUCCAACAGAAGCUGGUUCUAAGGAACAACUCGUCUGGCACCACACAGCAUCUGCGCUUACUUAUUCGGGGUCAAGACCAAGACUGUUUUCAGCUCCAGAGCAUGUUCAGCCCUGAAGAGUGUCUAGCCCGACACGGAGAGCUGUCCAUUAGACCCAAGGAGGACGUGACCAUCCACUUGCUCUUUGCCCCCACCAGGGUGGCGUGCAUGAUCGCCAAACUAGAGAUCAAGCAGUCUGGGGUCCGGCCUUCACAACCAGGAGUCAAAUUUAUUAUUCCUCUGUCUGGCUAUGGGGGUACAAGCAACAUCAUUCUGGAGGACCAGAGGAAACAGGCCGAUGGCUACGUUGCUACACUGACUGAAGUAGCUGUUGGUUGUGUCAGCAAAAUGUGUCUGUGUGUAAGAAACACCGGCUCCAGAGCAGCCUUUGUCAAAGCUGUGGCCUUCUCCGACUUACCAGCCCGAUCAGUUCUGGAGCCUUCUGUCCUGAGCCUGGCUCCGUCACAGUUCGUACUAAAGGAAAGGACACAAGAGGUGAUCACAGUGCUGCUGAAGUCCACCCAGCGAGAGCAGAGUCUGUGUGACUCGGCUGAUACUCCACUGGCCACAGUCUGCCUUUUCUGUGGAGAUGAGGUCUCCAGGCAGCAAUACAGGAGAUUACUUCAGAGCAAACCAGAGGCUACAAGGAAAGCCCUAUCUGAGAACAGCUUGCUGAAAAAUAUAGACUUCAAUGAAAAGUUCCUGGGGGAAGAACAUGUUAAAGAGGCCUAUGACCUGCCACAGAGGCCUAAUGAGGCCCAUCUCUUCUACAGCAACAUGAGUAAGCUGUUGGUGUCACUUCUGGGACGUACGAAGAGUGAAGAUGGUGACAAACAUGAGCAGAGCAAACUGCUGAUGUCGUCUGCUGGCCAUAGCUCAGAGACAGAAGGUGGUUGUCCCAACGGCAGCGUGUCUCUGGAUGUGCUGCCUGUGAGGGGUCCACAGGGUCCAGCGCUGAGAGUUGAACAAUCUUCCUCUAAGGCUUCUGAGUCUCUGCAAACACCGCCAGAGUCCUGGACCGUCCAUCCACAACAACUCGUCCUUGCAGCUCCCACCAUCAAUGGUCCAACCAGCACCAGCCAGGUCCACGUUCGAAACCAUACUUCCAGAGAGCUGAACUUUGACCUGUCCUGGCCAGCACACUGCCUCACCAUCACACCGCAGCACGGACUCAUCGAGCCUCAGUGCCAACUGCAGAUUUUGAUCAGCCCCAAUCCUUCGUUGGCAACUAAAUCUGCCCUGCUGCCAUGGAGUGGACAAAUUUAUGUCCAGUGUGACGGUCAAGAAAAGCUCAUUAAGGUCCAAAUACGUGAGGACUUGGCUCUGGACGUGUCUGUGACGCCGACAGAUCCAGCUCUGUCGGCCCUGUCUGCCCAGGCUGCUACUCCGGUGCUGCCUGUGGCCAGAAUCAGCAGCAAGCCCUCGCCGGCCCUGCAGGCGACUCGGGCCCAGGUGGAGAUCAGCAGCAAGAUCAUCACUUUCCCUACAACCCCUUCAGGAGAAACUUCAGAAGCCCAGCUGGAGAUUCAGAAUGGGGACGUGGAAGUGAGGUGGUACUUGUCGUCAUUUGCUCCUCCAUAUGUCAAGGGGGUUGAAGACACUGAAGAUGUUUACCGAGCCACCUACACUGCCUUCAGAUGUUCCAAGGUCUCAGGAGUCCUUGGGGCCCAUGAGAAGAUGCAGGUGCCCGUUACCUUCCUUCCCAGAGGCAGAGGGACUUACGUCCAGUUCUGGGACUUGGAGUGUCAUCCUGUGUCUGAUCCUCAACAGAAAACCAAAAUCCGCUUUCAACUUUCUGGCACUGGAGUCAAGUGUGGAGCAGUGGAAGGACCACAAGAAGGAAACUGUUCUUUGGUGAAAACUGAAGCCACGGUGACGAGCAGGAAGAGAGCCGAUACUUCAACAAUCAAAACCAGCCAGGAGGAGGUUGUGAGGAGGGGGGUGUAUUCUCCCCAGGAUCUGUACACCUUCCCAGACACUCGAGUGGGCGAGUCCAGCACUCUGAAGGUCAACGUCCGUAAUAGCUCCUCAGACACGCAUGAGCUGAAAUUUGCAAAACCCAAGGAGCCCUUCUACAUGAAGCAUUUCCAAUAUUCCCUGAGAUCUCAGCAUUACGUGAAGCUUCCUGUCCAGUUCAAGCCCUCUGCAGCCGGCAGCCAUACUGGCUUCCUGCUCGUCCAGUCAGGAACAAGUGGAAGCCUCGUUGUUCAGCUGAGUGGUGAGGCCCUGCCCUGA